GAGUCAGCCAAUCAGAUGGUGAAAUGUGACCCUUGCCAUGACAAGUACAUGGCAUAUUGCCUUCUGUACCAUGGUGAUGUGGUGCCCAAGUAUCUCAAUGCUGCUAUUGCCACCAUCAAGACCAAACACAACAUCCAAUUCGUUGACUGGUGCCCAACUGGCUUCAAGGUUGGACUCAACUAUCAGCCUCCCACUGUGGUCCCUGGUGGAGACCUGGCCAAAGUCCAGAGGGCUGUGUGCAUGCUGAGCAACACCACUGCUGUGGCAGAGGCCUGGGCUCGUCUUGACCACAAGUUUGACCUGAUUUACGCCAAACGUGCCUUUGUGCACUGGUAUGUGGAUGAGGGCAUGGAGGAGGGAGAGUGCUCUGAUGCCAGAGAGGGCAUGGCAGCCCUGGAGAAAGAUUAUGAAGAGAUAGGGGUUGACUCCAUUGAGGGUAAGGGAUAG